AUGCUGGGUGCGCCAUCCUCAGCAAACCCGAUCACUCUCAUUACCGGCGUCGCUCUCAAUGAGACUGCUCUGCAGUUCUGGCAUUACACACUUUACCACAAUGGCACGCUCUCGAACGGCUCGCACUGCUUUCUCGCGUUCGGCGUCCAUAAGCCCAUCGUGUUCGCGAAUGGGACGUUCACCAACACAACCUCAUGCUACUCGCCUAUAAAUCCCAUCGGGGCUCGAGGCAUCACCGGACUUGUCUUUGGCUCUCUCUUUGCCCUGACGAUUUUAUUCUCGACAAUCAACCUGAGGAAGCAUGGCCGCGCGUACCUGCCCCGAGAAAGAGGGUGGAAACCUGUCGGUAGACGCUGGCCGUGGUAUUGGACCUUGAUCGUGGCAGCUUGCGGCAUCUUGGGCUCUUUUACAGCUGUCGACGUCGACAGAGACUACAUCAUUAACACGCCCAUGAUCCUCCAAAGCUUCUUUCUGACCCUGAUGGUUCCGGUGUUGCUGGCCUGUGUCUGGGAGGCUGUGAGAAGCUGGAGCUCAUUCAACCACCGUCAAUUCCAGGAGGCACAAUCGUAUACGUUUUCGGCUGAUACGUUCCACGACAGGGCCACCUUCUACCUUCCCUUACUCUUCUACGCCUUUGACUGCCUGGUGUUCUUCAUGCUCAUCCCACGAUCUUGGUCAUUUGCUCAGAGGCAACGGUCGCCGGCGCAAGCUCUCGAAUCAGCUAGACCUGCAGCGCUCGAUGCUCGAUUCAAAGCGGCUUCCAUCCUCGCAACAGCCUGUCUUGGACUUGUUGUCUUUCGUUUGGGCUAUGGGAGCAGGACUCACAAGACCAAGAUCCCCGUCACCCUCUUACUAACUAUCAUUGCUGUUGCCUUGCGCACUGCGUACGGGCUUGUAGGAUCUUGGGUAUGGGAACUGUCGCCAUAUCGCCGUGACUUAAGCGUAGGUUUGUUGUACGGACUCGGAUACGCACCCGCUCUCUUCGUACUCGUGUUUCUCAAUAUCCACGGAUACAUAAACGAAAACGAAGACAAGUUAUUGAUAGCUCAGCGCGCAUCAAGGGGCGAAGAAUUGGGCGAAGGGUCUGCUGCUGCCAUGCAACAAUCUCGUCAACACCACAGUCGCAGACCGCCAUCCUGGUGGUUCAGGUCUCGGAAUCGCUUCGUAUCAACAAGUGGUGUGUUCAAAAUGCCUACUUCAUCCCGAAGACCUCCAUUGGAAGAGGUCUCUCAAGCGGUGCACACGAACCGAGCAGAAGAGCAGGACGAAAGUGGAUACGCUUGGUGGCAGCGGCGCAGGCGGGAAGAAGAAGAUGCCAGGCACCUGAAACCAAGACAAAAUGCACACAGUAAUAGGUCGGCCGGCAGCUCGAUGUUGAUAAAAGGCGACACUCUGGGCAUAGUCUCGCAGUUUACAGAGCCCGAAAGUUUGCUGCCACCCCCAAGGUAUCAGAGAGAAACACCGUACGAGUACAGCAAAGACAGUCGGUCACAGCCCGCUUCGUCCACCCACUCCCUUCAGUCGCCGCCUCAGGUGGUCAAGAGUAUGCUUGAUGUUUGA